UUUGUAUAAAAAGCCGCACUCAUCACACCAUCAGCACAAAACCAAACGUUCAAUUGUCUCAAUAACAUCAAAGCAAUCAAAACAAAACUUCAAAAUGUUCAAGCUGCUGGUUGUCUUCUUCGCCGCUCUGUUCGCCGUUGCCUUGGCUGCCCCAGAGCCCCACCCUCGUGCUGCACCUGCUCCAGUGCCUGUCGCUAGUCCAGAGCCAUCGCCGCAGUUCUAUUAUGGUGGCAGCCCCUACGCCUACUCAGCUUACUCGGGAUAUGCCUCCCCCUACGCUUAUUACGGUUAAGUGCUGAGAAACUGGCAGUGAUUAUAGCCCGUAAAUGGACUCGUGAUAAUGGACAUGCAAAAAGCGCGCGCUGGCAAUUCUAAUUAGAGAUAAAUGCAUAAUAAAAUGUACAAAAAAAUGAAUAAAAUAAUUUAAAAAGCUA